GAUUACAUUUUGAUCCCCAGAACUUCUGUUUCUUCUCCAGCAGGUUUAGGGCUUGUGCAGAAACGUCAGAACAAGGCCGUAACGCCGAUCACAUGCAGCAAGGGCGGAAGAUCGGAGUUCUGCGACCUAAAAGGAGACAUUCGAAUCGACCCUUUCUCGCCAAUCGUCUACUUCCUCGUCCCAUCGGAGACGAACCCACUGAUCAUGGCGUCCUCGUUCACCGUCAAGCCGUACGGGAGAAACGACGACAAUGUCGCCAUGGCAUCCGUAAGGCAAUGGUCGAUCCGAUUGGUGCCGGAAAGCAACCCGAGCGUCCCCAAUUGCACUCGAGUUCAUGAGUCUCCAGGGGUUCUGUUCUCCUUGGGUGGAUUCUCACUCAACUUCUUCCACGCCUUCACCGACGUCAUCGUCCCGCUUUUCGCAACCGCGAGGCCUUUCAACCGCGACGCCGAGCUGCUCGCGACCGACUACCAACCGUGGGUGGCCUCCGUGCACAAAAUCGUAACGCAGGCACUGUCGAGGUACAACGUAGUGAACAUCGACGACGAACAAAAAAGCGGGAGAGAAACGCAUUGCUUCUCGAGCCUAACCCUAGGGUUAAAAGGCCGCGGCCAAACUGAACUCAGCAUCAACUCGUCGGAAUCUAAUUACCGCAUGAGAGACUUCCAACAGUUCCUGAAAACCGCCUACAACCUCAAGAAAACAACCGCAAUCAAACUCCAACGACCCGCCGCCUCCGCCGCCGCCGCCCGUCAAAAACCACGGCUUCUCAUCAUCUCCCGGAUGCACAGUCGAACCUUCACAAACGUCGGCCAGAUAGCGAAGCUGUGCAGGGACGAGCUCGGGUACGAGGUGACGGUGGCGGAGCCGUACGAGGACACGUCGAGGUACGCGCGGGUGGUGAACUCGUGUGACGUCAUGGUGGGGGUCCACGGGGCCGGGCUGACGAACAUGGUCUUCCUGCCGGAGAAGGCGGUGGUGAUCCAGGUGGUGCCGGUGGGGCUGGACCGCGACUCGGCGGCGCUGUUCGGGGAGCCGGCGGGGGGAUUGGGGGUGAGUUACUUGGAGUACAAGAUAGGGAAGGAGGAGAGUAGCUUGAUUGACAAGUUUCCGGCGGAUGAUGACGUUUUUGAGAAGCCGUGGGUGGUUGAGAAGCGAGGGGUGAAGGUGUUUAGGUCGAUUUACUUUGAUGGGCAGAAUGUAACGCUUGAUUUGGCGAGGUUUCGGCCCACGUUGUUGAAAGCUUUGGAGCUUUUGCGUCAAUAA